CCAAAUCUCUCCUCCCGCUCGCCGAAACCCUCGCCGUCGCCGCGCCAUGGCCGCCGCCGCCGAUGCUCCCCCGCCUCCUCCGGAGGUCGCCCCGCCCGCGCCCGCGCCCGCCCCCGCGCCGGCGCCAUAUCAGCCGCCGCGGCUGGCGGUGGCCGACGGAGCGGGAGGUGGCGGCGGCGGCGGCGGGAAGCCGUGCAGGCACCACGCGUACAGCCGCAAGCAGAAGUCGCUCGGCCUCCUCUGCACCAACUUCGUGGCGCUGUACGACCGGGAGGACGUGGAGUCGGUGGGGCUGGACGACGCGGCGAGGCGGCUGGGCGUCGAGAGGCGCCGGAUCUACGACAUCGUCAACGUGCUCGAGAGCAUCGGGAUGCUCGUGAGGAGGGCCAAGAAUCGGUAUACGUGGAUCGGCUUCGGUGGAGUCCCUGCGGCGCUCGCGAAACUCAAGGAGAUGUCACUGAGGGCGGUGUCAAGCGUGGCGUCACCGUCGCUGGAUGAAACAUCUGCUGCUAAUGUCUCGGAUGAUGAGGAUGAUGACAAGUUAGAUGAUGCUGAGGGCGAUGCGGAGAGCGAGAAGCUCAGCCUCAGCCAGUCCAUUGACAAUCCUUCUGAUAAGCCUGAUGCACCCCCUUGCAAGCUUCGAUCCGAGCAUAGGAAGGAGAAGUCCCUUGGGCUGCUCACUCAGAAUUUUGUCAAGCUCUUCCUCACCAUGGAGAUUGAGACGAUCUCACUUGAUGAAGCCGCAAAGCGGCUCCUUGGAGAGGGACAUGCGGCGAACAAUAUGAGAACCAAAGUUCGGCGAUUGUACGAUAUUGCCAAUGUGCUGUCUUCUUUGAAUCUUAUUGAGAAGACACAACAGGCGGACUCAAGAAAACCUGCAUUCCGGUGGCUGGGCCAGGCAAAACGGAAUGAAGGCGUCACGGUUGCUUUACCCCCAACCAAGACGUUGCCUAACAAGAGAGCAUUUGGUACUGAUCUGACUAACAUUGACAAUAAGAGGGGUAAGUUGGACUCCACAAUGGAGAACAGAGGCAAGCCCACGCAGGAUGGUGGCAACCUAUUCAAUAAUUUGCAGAGGCAAUUAGGGCAAGAGAACAGGAGCGAUUUUGUUUAUGGCCCCUUCCACCCUGCUGUUGCAAGGAAACAAGAACAUGGUAAUCGCACAGUACAAGAGAAGGAGAGGAAGAGCAUUCAAGACUGGGAGAACCUUGCUUCUUCUUUCCGUCCGCAAUAUCAAAAUCCAGGACUGAACGAUCUUUUUGGCCACUACAUGGAAGCAUGGAGGUCAUGGUACUCGGAUCUCAGGCGAGACAGAGCAUCAUAAAACCAGAUUCAGGCCGGUCCGUUGUAAACAAAAUUCUUGUAGGCAGAUAAACUCAUUUGUUGAUGCAUGGUUAGGGAUUUUUGAGUUAUACAAGAUGUCACAAAAACAAAGGCUAGUGCUGGCCUUUGAUUGAUUGUAUUUACUCAGUGCAAGAAAUUGGAAAGUCGUUUCGUCAAUAAUACUAGGAUACCUGAUUGUCGAUUUGUUUAA